AUGAAGCUCCUGGUCUUAGCAUUCGUAACUGCUGCCUACGCUGCCCCUCAGGGGUACAACUUGGGCACGCCCUCUGGCCCUUCCUUUAACUCUGGCAGUUGUAGCAGUGGGCAAGUGCGGCACGUGGAUGGCAGCUGCGUGACACCUCAAGUGAACAGCCGUGUGUUCCUGUACGAUGUGCCAGCAAAUGAAGCUAUCGUCAAUCGGCCAAGCUACAUUCCAGAACCUAAAUUGGAACGCAAUAUCAUUUUUGUAAGAUUGCCUGAAGGUGCAGAUGGACCAGAACCCAUCGUCGUACCACCGCCACAACAACAACACGUCGUGUAUGUUCUGAACAAGCAGUCUGAACAGGACCAGCGAGUGAUCGAGGUUCCAGCACCGCCACAAUCGAAGCCCGAAGUGUUCUUCGUGAACUACGCAGAAGGAGAGAACCCGACUCUUCCCAGCGGAGUCGACCUCCAGACGGCGUUGAGCGCAGCUUCCCAGGGCGGCGGGCAAGUUGUUGGAGGCGGUGGCAUUGGAGGCGGCAUCGGAGGUGGUUUCGGUGGAGGCAGUGGAGGUGGUUUCGGCGGUGGUAUCGGUGGCGGUUUCGGUGGUGGUAUCGGAGGCGGUUUCGGUGGUGGUAUCGGAGGCGGUAUCGGAGGCGGUAUCGGAGGCGGUAUCGGAGGCGGUAUCGGAGGCGGUAUCGGAGGCGGUAUCGGAGGCGGUAUCGGAGGCGGUAUCGGAGGCGGUAUCGGCGGAAGCAGUGGAGGCAGUGGUAUCGGAGGCGGCAGUUACUCCCCUCCUUCUAACGUCUACAGCACACCUUAAGGACAUCUAAUUGCCAAAUCUUUCCUCAGGAUAUAAGGAUUGAUAGGAUGGUUCAAUUCAUCUGAUUCGCUCUUAUAUAAGUUAUUAAUAAGUGAAUUGUUCUAUUUUAUAUUCUUAUCUAUUUAUCUGUAUAAGCGAAAAUAAAAGUUACAGUUAAAAU